AUGGCAGCACCCACCACUUCAGACGACUAUACCGUGACGCCUACCCCAUACCCAGCGCGUACCAGCACGUCCACCUCGAUAAUCAAGAGUAUAAAAACCACAGCAACGACGGUCAAUUUUGCGGACAAGAUUCUCAUCACUGUCACGCAAAAUGGACGAUUAGCACAUUGGGUACAUGUACCUCUCGAUAUCUCUGCAACCGAUGCUUCGAUGACUUCGAAUGCCUCGCUUGAACGCGACGAAGACGAUCCCAACUCAGACCUCCUUCCUAUGCAUCAUCUCACGGCUACAAAUAUACUUGGCGGUACGAUAGCGGAGCUUGAUGUUCUUGGACAAACGCUCGCGACACAGAUUGCCAGUGCUAUCAAACAGCGCGAUGACAGGGAAACCAGAAUGGUUGUGGUUGGUAUGGGAUUGGACAAGAGCAUGGUUGGAAGAGAAGCAUUCAGCGAGCUGAUUGGUCUUGUGCUGGGGGUCAUAUAA